AAAUUUCACCACGAGGUGUAGGGGCUGUAAAGUAAAAUACCUUUCAACAACUCCCGUGCUUAAUCAAGCAGGGGAUCACCAUUAUGCCAACAAAUAACCCUCUCCCACCUAAAGAAUAUGCACUUUUCAAAAGGAUUUUGAAAUGUUAUGAACAAAAGCAGUAUAAAAAUGGAUUGAAAUUUGCAAAGCAGAUUCUAUCAAACCCCAAAUUUUCCGAACAUGGGGAGACUUUGGCGAUGAAAGGUCUGACCUUAAACUGUUUAGGAAGAAAAGAGGAAGCAUAUGAACAUGUUCGUCGAGGAUUGUUGAAUGAUCUUAAAAGUCAUGUGUGUUGGCAUGUGUAUGGUCUCUUACAGAGGUCUGACCGCAAGUAUGAUGAAGCAAUAAAAUGUUACAGAAAUGCAUUGAAAUGGGACAAGGACAAUAUUCAAAUAUUGAGAGAUUUAUCUCUCUUGCAAAUUCAGAUGAGAGACUUGGAAGGCUAUCGCGACACCCGUUAUCAGCUUUUGGUUCUCAGACCUGGUCAAAGAGCUUCUUGGAUUGGCUAUGCAAUGGCUUAUCAUCUAUUACGUGAUUAUGAUAUGGCUCUUAAAAUUUUAGAAGAAUUCCGGAAGACUCAGGUUCCCAAGCUCAUGGAUUAUGAACACAGUGAAAUGCUGUUAUAUCAAAACAUGGUUUUACAGGAAGCUAAUAUGAUUGAAGAGGCAUUAGAACAUUUACACUCGAACGAUAGUCAAAUAGUGGAUAGGCUGUAUCUUCUGGAGACUCGAGCUGCAUUGUUUCUCAAGUUAAAGAAAAGAGAAGAAGCUUGUGCUCUCUAUAAGAUCUUAGUUGAACGUAAUCCAGAAAAUAUGGCAUACUAUAAAGGAAUGGAAGAAUCUAUGCAUCCAGAUGCAACAAUAAAUGAUCGAUUAAAAUAUUAUAAUGAGGUUUCUACAAAGUUUCCUAAAGCUUCCUUACCAAAGAGAGUGCCUUUAUCAUUCACUAUGGGUGAGGUGUUCAAGACUCAGAUUGACCAAUAUUUAUGUGCUGCUUUGCAUAAAGGGGUUCCACCAUUGUUUAUUCGUUUGAAAGAACUUUAUAAAUCUCCAGAAAAAGUUAAGAUAAUCGAAGAUCUCAUACAUGGUUAUCUGGAUUGCUUGAAGUCCCAUGAACGUUUCCAUUUAAAUCAAGUUGAGAAGGAGCCUCCAACGGCGCUUUUAUGGGGAUAUUAUUACUUAGCUCAGCAUUAUGAUUUUUUGAAACAAACAAAGAAAGCCUUGGAACAUGUUAAUGCAGCUCUUGAACACACUCCGCUAUUAAUUGAACUGCAUGCCCUAAAAGCUAAAAUUUAUAAGCAUGCUGGUGAUAUGGAAGAGGCUGUUCGAUGUAUGGAUGAAGCUCAAUCACUGGACACUGCUGAUCGAUACAUCAAUUCAAAAUGUGCUAAAUACAUGCUACGAGGCAACUUAAUUCAAGAAGCUGCUGACAUGUGUUCAAAAUUCACUAGGGAAGGUGUAUCUGCAAUGGAAAAUUUAAAUGAGAUGCAGUGUAUGUGGUUCCAAACUGAAUGUGCUGCAGCUUAUCAAAGGUUAGGAAAAUGGGGUGAAGCUUUGAAAAAAUGCCAUGAAAUUGAUAGACAUUUUACUGAAAUUAUUGAAGAUCAGUUUGACUUCCAUACAUAUUGUAUGAGAAAAAUGACAUUAAGAGCUUAUGUAGGACUCUUACGUUUGGAAGAUGUACUUAGAAAUCACCCGUUUUAUUUUAAGACAGCUCAUAUCGCUAUUGAGAUAUAUUUGUAUCUUUAUGAUCACCCUCAGUCUGAAAUCGAAAAAGACAAAUCUAUAGACACAGAAAAUUUAUCACCUAGUGAACUUAAGAAAUUACGCAAUAAACGACGUAAAGCCCAGAAGAAAGCUGAACUCGAGAAAGAGAAACAGAGAGCUGAAAUGGAAAAGAAAGAGCACCAAAACAAAAAUAAAGCUACUGAUGGAGAGAUGGAUGGACCAAAAGAGGAAGAACUAAUACCAGAAAAGUUGGUCAAGACGAAGGAACCAUUAGAACAGGCUGUGAAAUUCUUGAAACCUUUACAACAACUGGCACAAAAUAGAAUAGAAACGCAUUUAUUAGCUUAUGAAAUUUAUUCCCGGAAAGGAAAAUUGUUACUAAUGUUACAGUCUAUAAAACGAGGACAUAAAUUAGAUCCUAACCACUAUCUUUUACAUGUGUGCAAAAUGAGGUUCUUGCAAAUAGUCAAGAAGAAAACUCAAUUGCCCGAAAGUAUACAGACUGUUCUUGACCAAGAAAUGCAGUUGAUUUAUGGCAACAAAGAUGCAAAGACACUGAACGAAGAAUUCUUAAGUAAAAACAGCAAAUCCAUGCCCCAUUUAGCAUCAGGUGCUAGGAUAAUGUAUGAACUUGACCCAUCAACAAAAGACAAAGCUGUUGCAUUAGCCAGUUCUUUGUCGAAUGACCUCGAGGGUUGUACUUUGGAGCAUUGUUGUGAAGUUCUGAAAACAAUGUGUCGAGGAGAAUUUGGUAAAUUGGAUAAAGAAAUUCAGGAUUACCAGCGCCUAUGUCACAGCAGAUUCUCUGUUGCAUCAGCUUUCAUUGUGCCUGUGUGUUCAUCACAAACCACUAGUGAACAGAUUGUCACCAAUGGAGCUCCAUCAUAAAGCAACUUGUGUCCUAACUCUGCUGCUGCUGCUGCUGUUGCCAUGCUGCCAACAAGAUUUCAGCCAACCCAAAAAUGCCUGCCUGCUCAGACUCAGUUAUGUCCCCCUUUUGAUGGUUUACCCACCAUCAUUAUAAAUAUUAACAACUUUAAUAAUCUCUAUUAUGGCAACUAAUUGCGUUGAAAUACAAAUAGAGAACAGCUACUUGUUUGUGCACACUGUCAUCUUUCUAUAUCAUAGAAAGCUUUUUAUCAAAUGAAGUUGAGUUUUGAUACAAGGCAGGGAUAUAAGGAUUGACUGUUUUUUAAUUUAUCCAGACUCCACUCUUUUGUGAUAAAAAAAAAAAAAGAAAUCUAGGUCAAGAGCAUUACUCCCCUACCCUUUGCCAUUUUGCUGAUUGUGCUGAGUUGACCACCAGUUUAGCAUGUGGUGUGCUAAAAUAGUUUUCUUCUUUAGAUUGCUUCAUUAUUUGGACUAUUUUUUAAUAUUUAGUUUCAUCAUCAUCAUCAUCAUUAUUAUUAUUAUUAUUAUUAUUAUUAUUAUUAUUAUUAUUAUUAUUAUUAUUAUUAUUGUUGUUAUUAUCAUCAUUAUAAUUAUUAUUAAAUAUCAUCAUCACUUUUACAGUAGUCCUCUGACAUGUUUCUGCAG